AAUGAACCCAGCAACAUGUCCUUUGUGAAGGCCACCGUGGACAAGCUGCUGAAGGGCUAUGACAUCCGACUGCGGCCUGACUUUGGAGGCGCCCCCGUGGAUGUGGGCAUGAGCAUAGACAUCGCCAGCAUUGAUAUGGUGUCUGAAGUCAACAUGGACUAUACCAUCACCAUGUACUUCCAGCAGUCCUGGAGAGACAAGCGUCUGUCCUACACAGGCAUCCCUCUUAACCUCACCCUGGACAACCGAGUGGCAGACCAGCUGUGGGUCCCUGACACCUACUUCAUUAAUGACAAGAAGUCCUUUGUCCAUGGGGUGACAGUGAAGAACCGAAUGAUCCGACUGCACCCGGAUGGAACUGUGCUCUACGGUCUCAGAAUCACCACGACAGCUGCCUGCAUGAUGGACCUGCGCAGAUACCCACUGGAUGAGCAGAACUGCACUUUGGAGAUAGAGAGCUACGGAUACACCACUGACGACAUCGAGUUCUACUGGCAGGGCGGAACCACCGCAGGCUCUGUGACUGGGGUGGAGAACAUUGAACUACCCCAGUUCUCCAUCAUAGACUACCAGACCCUCUCCAAGAAGGCUGUGUUUGCCACAGGCUCCUAUCCACGUCUGUCCCUGAGUUUUAAGCUGAAGAGGAACAUUGGCUAUUUCAUCCUCCAAACCUACAUGCCUUCCACCCUGAUCACCAUCCUGUCCUGGGUCUCCUUCUGGAUCAAUUAUGAUGCCUCGGCUGCCAGAGUGGCCCUGGGUAUAACCACGGUGCUGACCAUGACCACUAUCAAUACCCAUCUAAGGGAGACGCUGCCGAAGAUCCCUUAUGUCAAGGCCAUUGACAUUUUUCUCAUGGGCUGCUUUGUCUUUGUCUUUCUGGCAUUGCUGGAGUAUGCCUUUGUCAACUACAUCUUCUUUGGCCGUGGUCCUCACUUGCAGAAGAAGGUAGCAGAAAAGGCUGCCAAAACCAACAAUGAGAAUAGGAGCAGAAUGGAGAGCAACAAAGUGCAGGUGGGGAGAAUAUAUUGUGCAGUUAUCAUUCCAAGACAUGAUAGAAUUCACCUAAAUAAAAUGCUGCAUGUAAUUAGGGAGACGGCUUUUUUGUGUGUGUGUGUGUAUUUGGAUAUUGUUUACAAAACUAAUUUAGUAAAGUAUGGCAACUUCCCUCAGGUUGAUGCUCAUGGCAACAUCCUCCUGACCAACCUAACCAGUGAGAUGAGUGGAGCAGAUAUGAUGGGAGCUUUCCACGACCCUCGGGCUACCAUGUUCUCUUACGACAGUGCCAGCAUACAGUACCGUAAGCCCAUGACCAGCCGAGACCUGUACGGACGACCGGCCAUUGAUCGGCCAAUAGGCCAUAAGAAGGGCCGCUUGAGGAGAAGGGCCUCACAGCUCAAAGUCAAGAUCCCUGACCUAACGGAUGUCAAUGCCAUAGACAAGUGGUCCCGUGUUGUCUUCCCAAUCGCAUUCACCUUCUUCAACCUGGUCUACUGGCUUUACUAUGUCCAGUAGGGGGGCAGUAGUGAGCCUGUGUGGCAACACCACUACUAGUGAAUUGUUAGAAAAGCUACCUAGGUCUUGUACAGCAAUGAAAAUAAUCCAUUUAUAUAAAUACUGUUUUGGAAAGAGUAGUACUGGGUGACUUUACAAUGUAAAUACAAUUUAAAACAGAGGUAUAAUAUAAAACAGAGAUAUAAUUUAUAAAAAACUACUAUCACUUUUAUUGUAGUCAUCCAAACAAAAUAGAUAGAUAUAAAUAUUACACACUAGAGGUAUGGUAUUUCUAAGUCCAAAGUUGCCAAAAGACAUUGGUGACCCCAACAUUAUGGGUAAUGGUCUUUCAAUUGUUCUCUUUUUCUUACCUUCUUUUAUCUCACAUUUUGCAUGUGAAUGCAACACAACAUUUAAUUUGCUUAAAGGUGAAAAAAAAUAAAAAUAACAAGAUAAAGAAGCCCGGUGCAAAAACAGUGGGUAACUUAAGAAGUGUUCACUUGAUUUUGUGAUUGAACCUCAGCCAGCUAUUAAAUAGAAGAUGUUUUGGUGAAUGCCAUCAUAAUAAGGUAAUCUUCAUUCGG